AUGGCUUUUAUAGUGGAUCAACAAUCUGAACUCAAAUACUUUUGCAAAAUCUGCAACAAACGUUUCGGGUGUGGGAGAGCGCUCGGAGGGCACAUGAGGUCGCAUGGAAUAGGCGACGAGAGUCGGUACAUCGAAGACGAUGACACUGCAAGUGGGUGGAGAGACAAGUCGGGAACGAACAUCGUGCCAUCGAGCAACAAGCGCAUGUACGAGUUAAGAACAAACCCUAAUCGUUUGAAGAGCUGUAGGGUUUGUGAGAAUUGUGGCAAGGAGUUCUUUUCAUGGAAAUCUUUUCUCGAGUAUGGUAAAUGCAGCUCUAAGGAUGCUGAAUUGUCUGGUUCGUUGCCAGGGUCGGAAGGCGAUUACGAUGACGUGACGAGGAAAGGAUCUUGUUAUUUGUCUAAGAGGAAAAGAUCGUCGGUCUCCGAUUGUCAGUCGAGCGAAGAGGAAGAUGUUGCCAAUUGCUUGAUGAUGCUAUCCAAUGCAACCGUUGUUGUUCCUCUUGUUACCGAGCCUGAAGAGUCUUGUACUUGCGCUAGCAAAGAAGAAGAGACAGGAAACACGAUGGAUUUCAUUACUGCCAUUUCAUAUAGGCCUAGCAUACCUAUGGAUAAGGCCAAAGGUGUAGCAAAAGGGGUGUUCGAGUGCAAAGCUUGCAAGAUAGUAUUUAAUUCCCAUCAAGCAUUGGGUGGACAUAGAGCUAGUCAUAAGAAAGUAAAGGGAUGUUUCGCAGCACGGCUCGAUAACGAUCAUAACGGUAGAGACGAUAGUUUAGCCGACGACGAUCGUGAUGAACUUUUCGUCGUCAAAUCUAUCCCGACUUUUCAAGUCAAUACGUUGGCCUCGACAUCUAAAACGAAAUCAAAAGUACACGAAUGUUCAAUAUGUCAUCGGGUAUUUACGUCGGGACAAGCAUUAGGAGGACACAAAAGAUGUCAUUGGAUCACACCGAAUCCACCUGCUGAUCACACUCCCUCGUUAAUUAAGUUUCAAAGUUAUAAAGACAACAUAAAGCAAGUUCAGCAAACCCAAAGAUCAAGUUUUACUGGUGAUAGAGAGCAGCUUGAUCUUAAGCUUGACCUCAAUCUUCCUGCCCCAAGGAACUGCAUUAAUCGAUCGAGUUUUGAUGUUUCAACAAGAAUCUAUUUGCAGCCUAGGAUUGGCAAAGAAAAGGAAGAUAAUCUACAGCAACUGCAAGUUGAAAAUAAUAACAGCAAUGAUGCGAUUAAGAACAAUAUCUGUAAUACUUCUAAGCAAGAUGAAGAAGACAAAACUGGCAGUACGAUAAUGUUAGCAAAACUAAGUGAACUAAAGGACAUCAAUAUGAGUGGAAGUUCACUUCCAUGGCUGCAGGUUGGGAUUGUUUCAACUACUAAUGUUUGCUCUGACCCUCAAGUUUUGUGA